GUUACCUGAGCCCGCGGAUGGUACCACCGAGUACGAGCCUGCUCAAACUUGGAUGCCAAACUUGGAUGCAAAACUUGUGUGCCAAACUUGGGUGCCAAACUUGGAUGCCAACUUGGAUGCACAAACCGCGUAACGUCCCACGCCUCCCCUUUGUAAUCACGGCCCGGGUUUAAGACGGCGAGCCAAGACUCUCGUCGGAUCCUGUUCCUCGGCGAUUUUGCAAAAUUUUCGACGCCUUGCUGCCCGGAGUUGCUGGACAGGGCCCGGCAGCCCAAAAGCUGACACGGGUCGCGGAAAUAGGCGGUGCCGCGGUCAGGCGCGGUUUGCUGCAUUCGGGCCUGCCUUGGCGCUCCUUCGUAUUCCGGCAUUUAAUGCAGGAAACAAAGAUAAAAAAAGAACGGAAACGUGCAGGAUGGCUUGUUUGUCUCCCAGCCACGACCGCGGGUUUUGAUGCGUGCUUCGAGCAUGGAAGGUCGGGAUCGUCUUACAGCCAUGUCAGGACUGCAGUUGCGGGAAUCCGAUCUCGGCUUCCCGAUUUCCCCGAAGCUGGCCGCAGCCUCGGCCCUCUCAAACCCGCUGCCCCUCCUCCAAAAUUCCCCUCUCCCACGCUUGGGCGGCCCAGGUUGGGCGGGCCCAAAGGCGGUUGCGCCGCCUGGACGAGACGGGCGCCCCGUUUCCAAUGGCGCCUGGUCGUCCAAUCCGGGACGGGCCAGGUGAUCGGCCCGGGAAGCGUUCCCGGCGGGGAAAGAGGGAAUCCCGCCUACAAAGUGCUCUCGAUGCACCCCUCAACGAUCAAUUAUGUGUUCCGGUCGCACGUCGGGUACCCAUCCCAGAGUCCCCAGCCAACGAAGCACGAAACGCACGAGCGCGUCCAGCGAGCGCGCCCGGCGAGCAUUGACUCGAAAUUAAAAGAGAGGUGGCCUCGACGGCUCCACCUGCCACAGGAGGGUGUGUUGUGUCGCUUGGCUCACUCGCCAACUCGUCGAAGCCAACCCCAACUCGCAAUAGUGGGAUGGCGAGGGAAUGGCGGCGGAUCAGGAAGGAGCAAAGGGAAGCAAACAGGACUCGGGGGAGGAGCAAAGGCAGGGAGGGAACAGCGUGGCUAAAGUAGUUUAUUUGCUGCUG